AUGACCGAAGGAAGGUCAUCCUCCAUCGUUUCAGGAACAGCCCCGAGCCUCCCAGAGCUCAGCUUUGGACUCCAAUCGUCAAGCGAUUCUGAACCCGCCAGCGAGACAACAACUCUCAACGAUCCACAUGACAGUGUGAGGAGUCCUCGAAGCAGCCUCUGCAGCGUCAGCACCGACAGUCUACGAACAAACCCAUCAGCCAAGCAAGCGAAACGUGUCCGAUUCGAAGAAUCCGUUGCCUGGUCAUACUUUGACGCAACCGAACUCAACAACAACGCCUCACUAUCACAGCCGUCACCCGAAGAGCUGCAAUACCAACGCAAACCUACCAUCUGGCAACGCUUCAGGCCAAGGACCCCUUCGUGCGAAGAUGCCGGCGACCUCGGGGCUCAACUACGACGAAAGAACGCAUCGAUGGACGCCCUGGAGAUGAAGCCGAUGAAGAAGGCGAGUGCGAGACCUGUGCUGCGGAAAGCAUACACCGUCCAGGCACCCAUCCGCGAGACCGCGGGCAGGAGAUACACUGGUGCUGAAGCUACCUGGACGUCGAACCGCGGGGCAGCAAAGGGCGAUUGGGAUUCUCUGCUCAGCAACCCCCGACAGAGUCGCCUGAUGGCGUAA